AUGGAUAAAAGCUACUUUUUCAGUGGUUCGGAACCUCGUCGAAGGGCGACGGUUUGUGGUGGAAGUCCGCCUCCUAUUCGAAUCAACAAUAAUCAUCACACCCAUUUCGAUCUGCUUGCACUACUUAAACCAAAUUCUAUUCAUGACGGUACUCGAGGAGUGAUUCGUCGUGCCCGAACAAUGAGACAUCAACCCGAUGGAUAUGUACGGUCUUUUGUUGAUAAUCAGCUUAUCACUCAAGUUGAUGAUGAUGUCACUGAUGAUCAACUUCCAUUUAAUACCAAAUGUCCAAGCGACUUCGCUAAAAUUGAUAUUGUCGCUCCAAAUGAAUUAGCGCAACUCGGAGUCAUAAUCCCGAAAAUAAGUGAUCCCGAAUGGAGUGCCCCAAUUAGAGAGGCGACAUCAGCACGAGAAAUGAGAUAUAGAACUCCUCUUGCAGAUAGCUCUCUUUCUGCAGCAAGUCUUGAUUCACCGAGUGUUCGCAAGGCAAUUGAUGACUCAAUUUGGGGCUGGGCUCAGGCAAGCGGAGCUAUACUCGCAUCCCCAUCAACCUCUUCAAUCACAAGUCUUCACAGUCCGGUGGCUACUCCAUCAAGUCGUACUCAUAUUUCGUCACCGUUUAUUUUUGAUGGUUCCGGUCCUCCUGCCAGUGAUAUUCCAUGCACUCUUUUACAGGGAAAAACGUUUGAGGGAUGGCUGAGAAGAAGAAAAACGAACGAUGAAUUAUUGGCCGCGGGGAGCAUCCAAACAAAUAAAUGGCCAAAGUGUUGGAUGGCUCUUCGAGCGCCAUUUCUUUAUGUUUAUCCCAAUCAAUUUUCAAAGAAAGCUGACCUAGUAAUCAGUGUGCUUCGUUGUGCUGUCACCGAUGCAACUGAUUUGAAGACAAGCAAGAAAUUUGUUUUUCGCAUUCAUCGUGGCCCAAUAUCUCAUUAUUUUUCGUGUUAUACACAAAAUGACAUGAAAACUUGGAUGCACAAAAUCAUUGUUGCCAUUGAACAACACAGUCUUCAACCUCGUCCACCAAUAAAAUGUACGACGCUGUCACAUGUAGAAAGUGGAGACGCGGAUGUUGAUAGUGGUGGAGGGACACCUAAGUCUAAUACAAGAUAUUUGAUUUAUGAUGUGAAUCCGGGAGAAGGUUUCAAUUUGAGACGGGAUGUUUAUAUGAGAGUUGCGAAUGCGGUGAGAACACUCAGAGAGGAAGGCGAAGAUUUUGUAUUAGUUUUACCACCAUGGGGAGGAUUGUAUCAUUGGGGAGAUCGAGCCGUACGACUUCCAUGGUCUACAUUUUUCGAUACAAGAUCAAUGGCUCGUUUCGUGCCUGUAAUUGAAUUUGAUGAGUUCCUCCAAGUACAUGGAAAUGAUAUAUUGCCACUUGUCAUUUAUCUUCAGCAUUAUAAGGAAGGUUGGGGAGAGCAUUAUGAAAUGAAAUGGGAUAAAAGAGAAUGUCUCGAAGAUGCGCAAAGAGUCUAUCGAAGGGACACUGAAACAAAAAAAUGGCGAGGAUGGUUCUUUUCAUACUCAAACAUUCUUGCUAAUCGAUUUAAAUGUAUUUCAUUUCAAGGAGAUUCAAAUACAUUUGUCGAGAUGAUUAUGAAAGAUUAUCCGAAUGAACAAGUAUUGUAUAUCGAUCGAUUGGAGACAGUGAUGCAUGCCGAUUUUGGAGAUCGAGAAUAUUGGAGAGCAAGAAGAAGCAUGAGAUAUGCACCACAUUUAACAUAUCUUGGAGAUAUUUUCAGGAAAGAAAAAUUGCAAGGAAAUGACGUGAGAGAUGGGACACAAUUGCCAGAUAAGUGGGAAACAAAAAAAGAGGACGAGGCAAAAGGUGGUCCAUAUAUUUGCUUGCAUUGGAGGAGGAAAGAUUUUGUGAGAGCUCACGGUGAUGAAUUGCCUAGUAUAAAGGGGACGGCCAAACUUAUAAAAACUCUAACAAAACAAUAUUCUGUUUCUCGUGUAUUCCUUUCUACAGAUGCCCCAAUUGAAGAAAUUUAUCGACUACAGGGUCUUGUCAAAGGACAAAUUGAAAUCAUCACAUAUGAAAACGAAGAUCUUGGUGAUGGUGAAAUCGCCAUCAUUCAUCAGUAUAUUUGUUCAAAAGCUCGUUUCUUUACCGGAUCACACGUAUCAACUUUUUCAUUUCGAAUCGCAGAAGAUAGAGAAAUUCUCAAUUUUCCCGCAUCAACCACUUUCAAUCGAAUGUGUCCAGAUGGAAACAAAGAUUGUGAACAACCGACUCAUUGGAAAAUUAAAUAU